CAAAGCUUACACAGUUCGUUAGCUUGGGGCAAUAGGGCUAUUACCAGACGGCUGGGAAUGCGCUCUGCCAUAGUUGCAUUGUGACAAGCUCUGCGCGGGCGAGGGGCUUGGCAACAAUAGGCUGGUCAUUGACCUUUCUGUUGCCAGUGAUGAGGCACCUGCUAUCUUCACUUAACCCUUGCUUGCAAACCCUUACUGACGACGCUGCGCUAAAUACGCUACAUACAAGUCAUUGACUGCUUUGCGCUAAGUAGUUUCCGUAAGACUUAUCUACUACGCGCCAUCUACCCUUGCGCCUUAGCUUUAAUAACAGUCAUCUCUGGAUUGCUAAGUGGAAUGAACGGCCACGUCUGAGCGUGCCCUGCACGCCCACGUUUAAGCUACAACUAUGUUACUUUCGGGCGUUGCUUCUGCGCCUCCCAAGUCGGCGUUUAAAGCCGCCGACACGCUAUCGCGGCAUCUCGAGGAGCUUUGCCGCCCUGGUGCUUGGGAGCGGCGCACAAAGGAUGGAGACAAAGCACUUUUGGAAUACGUUGAGGCGGAAGCACGGGACCUUUCCGUUGAGGCCUUCAGUCGUUUGAUGACCGAUGUGUACCAGCGGAUUGGCAGCAUGCUGCUUAAGGGUAAUGACAUCGCUCGGCGCCUGGGCGGUGUGCUGGCCAUUGACGAGCUCACGGAUGUCAAGCUGUCCGGCGACGACGCCGCCAAGACCUCCCGCCUGGCCGCGCUGCUGUCGCGCGUGUUGGAGGACAGCGAGGAGGCGGGGCUGAGCGAGGCGGCCGCACACACGCUGGGGCACCUGGUGCGCAGCGGGGGGGCCAUGACCAGCGACAUCGUGGAGAAGGAGAUCCGUCGCGCACUGGCCUGGUGUGACCCACGGGUCGAGCCCUCCGAGUGCCGCCGCCUCACGGCGCUGCUGGUGCUGCACGAGGCCGCCGAGUCGGCCCCCGCGGUGUUCAACGUGCACGUGAAGGCGUUCAUCGAUGCGGUGUGGUUCCCGCUGCGGGACCCCAAGCAGCACCUCCGGGAGGCGGCUGUGAGGGCGCUCAAGGCCUGUCUCUGCCUGGUUGAGAAGCGCGAGACGCGCUACCGUGUUCAGUGGUACUACAAGCUGUUUGAGCAGACGAUGCGCGGCAUGAAGCGCGACCACCGCAGCGGCGCCAUGCCCUCCCCCGAGUCCAUUCACGGCUCGCUGCUGGCGCUGGGGGAGCUGCUACAGCACACGGGGGAGUUCAUGCUGGCCAGGUACAAGGAGGUGGUUGAGAACGUGUUCCGCUACAAGGACAGCAAGGAGAAGAACAUCCGCAGGGCGGUCAUACACCUGCUGCCGCGCAUGGCGGCGUUCUCACCCGAGCGCUUCGCAUCGGAGUACCUAUCCCGCGCCAUCGCCUACAUGCUCACGGUGCUCAAGAACCCGCCCGAGCGCGGGGCGGCCUUCGCUGCCCUUGCUGACAUGGCAGCAGCCCUGGCGCGAGUGAACUGUGCGGCGGGCUUCGAGGGCUGUCUGUCCCCCAUCUACGCCGCCAUUCGGGAGGCCCUCUCCGCACCGCCCGCCGCCCGUGCCGCCGCCCGCCCCCGCCCCGCUCCCUGCCCCGAGGCGCUUCAGUGUGUGGGCAUGCUGGCCACUGCGCUGGGUCCGCUGUGGCGGCCCUACGCUGCUGCGCUGAUUGAGGCGAUGGUGCUGACGGGGAUCAGCGAGGUGCUGGUGCGCUCGCUGACACAGGUGGCCACCGCGCUCCCCGAGCUGCUGGGUGACAUCCAGUACCCGCUGCUGGACCUGCUGAGCCUGGUGCUGUCCAAGAGGCCGUUCAACAGCAGCACCACACAGCCAAGUUCGCGGCCCUGAGUGCGGCUAUCGCCGCGGGGGAGCUGCAGGGUAACGCACUCACCAAGCUAGCGCUGCAGACACUGGGCACGUUUGAGUUCGGCGGCAUCCAGCUGCUGGAGUUCAUGCGCGACCACAUCCUGUCUUACACGGAGGACCCGGACAAGGAGAUCCGGCAGGCGGCGGUGCUGGCGGCGUGCAGGGUGCUGGAGCGGCAUGCGGCCAGCAGCGGAGGCAGUGGGGCG